CCGCGCGCGCGGACCGACGCCGGACGGACCGAUGCCGACCGCGCGCGACAUCGCUUUCGAGGUGGAUCGCGAGCUCGUGGACGACACCUUCGCCGGGUACGGCCUCUCGCGCGAUCUCUUCGACCCCGAGGAGUGCGCGGUCCUACCCCUGCCCGAGGACGCGCGCGACGUCCCCGCCGCGGGGUCGUUCGACCGAGUCGUCGCGCUCGCGGGGGCGAGAAGAAAUCUCCUCGCGCGCUUCGAUCACGAUCCGUCGUCGAGGGCGUUCGCGGUCGCGCACGCGUCCGGGACGUUCUCCGUCGUCUCCCUCAGCGCGAGCGGCGAGGCGCGCGUGAAGCCGCUGGGAGCGCACGACGGCGGCGGCGCGAUGGACCCGCUGCCGCCGUCCGCCGCGGGCGGGGAAGAGGACGCGUCGUCGUCGUCGUCGUCGUCGGGUAGUCGUCGCGGGCUGGGCGCGUCCGUCGCGAUGCUGCACGACCGCGGCGCGCCCCCCGCGGGCGACAUCUCCGCGGAAUACAACAGCGCGGAUUUCACCCGCGGCGUCUACGUCGCGUCGAGAGGCGACGGCGACCUCGCGCUGACGCUCGUCGACGACGACGGGAAACCCACGACGCGAUGGCAAUCGGUGAAGGUGGACCUCCCCGGUUUGGACGCGGGGUUCGUGAUCGAGGCGAUCGCGCCCAACCUCGCGAUCAACCGCGAUGCGGUCGGGGUGAAGUACUACUCGCUUCUGGUUUGGGGGCCGGACGCGACCGACGCGACGGGGACGAAGAUUUGCGCGCACGCGAUCCAGUUGAUUCACGCGUGGUCGCGGAACCGCGUGAAGAGCGGCGCGGAUAACGUCGGAUGGCAAUUCGCCAGUCGCGCCGACGCGAGAGGGCCUGGAAGAGCCGCGCGAAUCUUGACGAGCGCGACCGCGCCGGCGUGGUGCCACGUCUACUUAGGCGCGCCGCACACCGCCGGGGAGGACGAGCUCGCGCCGCAGUUCGCGGUGGCGACGGAGACGACCGCGGCGGACGCGAGUUUGAGAACGGCCCUGACGACGGGCGACGCGACCGGAACCGCCGCGGAGCUCGAGUGGGGCCCCGAGGACGACGAGGCGUACGACGCCGACGCCGCGGACGCGGACGCGGCGAAAGGGACGGGGAUCGCGGGCGGGGUCGUGAACCCGCACGACGUCUGGCGCGCCUUUAACGAGGAGGACGACGACGAUAUGGACGACGGCGGCGCCGGCGCCGGCGCCGGCGACGGGGACGCGCGGCUCGAGAUCGUCCGCGUGGACGCGUGCCCCACACUCGGCGUGGACCCGACGCGCCCGGACGCGCUCGUCGAGACGAUGUCGGACUUGCAGCGUCACGCCGUCUGCGCGACCGUGGAGGGCGGGAUCGGACUCGCGCACGGCGUGCACUGCGUCGUCGCGGCGUUGGCGCGCGACGCGGACGGCGCGUCGCGGAGGGCGACGCACGCGUCGACGAUGCCCGCGUUCGCGUACGUCGCGAAAGGGAAGCCGAACCGGCGGUUCGUGCUCGCGUCGUUGGACGGGACGUGCGGGGUCGUCGUGGAGACGAGAGCGAGCGCGUUCGUGUAUCGAGCGGCCGCCGGCGGGUCGAAGGGGGAGCACCAAAUUUUUGACCCGAAGUCGUCGGAUCCGUGCGUGGGCGCGCGGCUUCUCGACGCGGACGACGGCGGCGGCGGGAAGAAACAUCUGCUCGUGCUGACGAAGAGCGCGGUGUUUGUGCUCGGAAUUCGCGCGUGGAGAGAGAAGACGCGAUGA